UGUCUCUUGACGUGUAAAGUUGUGAUUAACAUUUGCUUUCAAACCAUAAUUCGCUAACAGAAGCUUUUUAAAAUUCACAAUGUCUGAACGUGAAGUUGACGUAAUAAUUUUCGGAGCUACUGGCUUCACGGGUAAAAAUACCGUUUUGAAAGCCGUUGACCUUCUCAAGGACUUUAAAUGGGGCAUUGCGGGUCGUAGUCAGGAAAAACUCGAAAAAGUUCUCGCUGAAGUAGGAAAAAAAUGUGAAACGGAUCUUUCGAAGACGCCCAUUUUCAUUGCGAAAUUAGACGAUGAUGAAUCGUUGAAAGCCAUGGCGAGUAAAUGCAAGGUUUUGAUUAACUGCGUUGGUCCGUAUCGCUUGUAUGGAGAGCCUGUAGUGAAGGCAUGUAUUGAAGCAGGUACACAUCAAGUCGAUGUCACGGGGGAACCGCAAUGGAUGGAACGCAUGGCCUUGGAAUAUAAUGAAAAGGCGAAGGAAAAGGGAAGUUUUAUUGUCUCGGCUUGCGGAUUUGAUUCGGUUCCCGCCGAUAUGGGAGUUGUCUACUUGGAGAGGCACUUUGAAGGUACCGUGAACUCUGUGGAGCAAUAUUUCCAACCGAUCACGAAGGGAGCUAAAGGCCCGACGGUUCAUUAUGGCACCUGGGCAUCUUUGGUGCAUGGCGUUACUCAUUGGAGUGAACUUGCUCCGUUGAGAAAAAAAUUGUAUCCAACUAAAUUACCGAAAUUUGAGCCCGUUUUGAAAGACAGAGGAAUCCUUCAUAAGUCAGAUCUUGUCAAUAAAUGGUGUUUACCUUUCUUGGGAGCUGAUAAGUCGGUCAUUUAUCGUUCUCAAAGAUAUUUUUAUGAAACCGAAAAGAAACGCCCAGUCCAAAUAAAGUCCUAUGUAACGAUGCCUUCGAUGCUCGGUGCCUUCGCAAUGAUGGCUUUCGGUAUUUUAAUCGGCCUCUUGACACGUUUCAGCUUCGGUCGUUACCUUCUCCUGACCUAUCCCGGCUUCUUCUCCUUCGGAACUGUCUCAAAAGAAGAUUUAGCUGAAGAAGACAUCAACAAGUGUCACUUUGUCAUGCACUUCAAAGGUCAAGGAUGGACCGAAAAGCUCGCAGAAGGCAUCGACGAAUACACUACGAAGCCCGAUAAGGACAUUUAUGUUCGCGUAAAGGCGGAAAAUAUCGGAUACGGAGCCACGUGCGUCGCCUUGGUGCUUUGUGCGAAAAUGCUGAUGACAGAAAAACCAAAAUUACCAAAAGAAUCGGGAGUUUUUACGCCAGCUGCUGUUUUCGCAAAGACUACGUUGAUCGAGCAACUCAGCAAGAAUGGCUGGACCUUCGAGGUUGUCGGUGCGAAAGAAGAAACAAAGGAGUAAUUUGUCAUUAUGCAAAUUUUUAUUUCACAAUAUCAGUUAUAAUUAUUUUUUUUUAAUAAAGUCUUAUGGAAAACA